UCCAAGAAGUGGGGCACUAGCAGAAAGUGUCCACUGGCAUAGUGAAUCUUCGUGUUUGUUUGAGAGAAAGAAACUGUUGUCACUGGAUUACUGUCCCAGAUCCUGCCAUGGGUGUUACAGCUGUUUUUAUACUCAGCAGUCUUGGCUUUGCCAUAAUUGCUGAAGCGCAAGAUUGCUCCAAACCUGCUGCAGGACUCAACAUGAAUUUGAGGGAUGAAUACAUUACUCGGCAAACAUUUGCAGAUGGGAGCAAAGUUUAUUUUGCCUGUAAUCCUGGCUACACACCUGCUAGAGGAUCUGCAUUUAUCACAUGCACUGCUGGCACAUGGAGUACUGUGCAGCUGCAAUGUGAAAGGAAAACUUGUGGCAGUUUGGGAGAGGUGUCUAAUGGUCAUGUUGAUUAUGACGGAAUUGAGUUUGGUGAUACAGCUACGGUCACUUGUUACCCGGGUUACAUGCUGGUUGGGAGAUCGAGUUUUAGAUGCGAAGUCAACGGAUGGUCUGGCAGGUUGGCAACAUGUGACGCGGUGAUGUGUACCACACCAGCACCAGUUGCAAACGGCACAUUUGAUCCACACAAAGAUUUCUAUCUUUUUGGAGAAGUUGUGCGGUACUCCUGCAGCAAAGGAUUGGUACUUAAUGGAUCAAAAGACAUAAUGUGCUCUAAUGAAGGGGAAUUCUCUCCUUCUCCUCCAAACUGUGUCACACAAGAUUGCUCCAAACCUGCUGCAGGACCCCACAUGAAUUUGAGGGAUGAAUACAUUACCCAGAAAACAUUUGCAGAUGGGAGCAAAGUUUAUUUUGCCUGUAAUCCUGGCUACACACCUGCUAGAGGAUCUGCAUUUAUCACAUGCACUGCUGGCACAUGGAGUACUGUGCAGCUGCAAUGUGAAAGGAAAACUUGUGGCAGUUUGGGAGAGGUGUCUAAUGGUCAUGUUGAUUAUGCCGGAAUUAAGUUUGGUGAUACAGCUACGGUCAGUUGUAACCCGGGUUACAUGCUGGUUGGGAGAUCGAGUUUUAGAUGCGAAGUCAGCGGAUGGUCUGGCAGGUUGCCAACAUGUGACGCGGUGAAGUGUAUCACACCAGCAGAAGUUGCAGGCGGUGCAUUUGAUCCACCCAAAGAGUUCUAUCUUUUUGGAGAAGUUGUGCGGUACUCCUGCAGCAAAGGAUUGGUACUUAAUGGAUCAAAAGACAUAACCUGCUCUAAUGAUGGGAAAUUCUCCUCUUCUCCUCCAAACUGUGUCAAGGUUGAAUGUAAAGAUCCUGUAAUUGAAAACGCUGUCUUUGAAAGUGGUUCUCGGCCUCCACACGGAUACAUGGCUACAGUGACCUACAACUGUAAAUCUGGAUACGUAAUGCAUGGACCCAAUUCUGUGACAUGCAAUAUAACUAAUCAGUGGUCACCAUUAUUACCAGUAUGCAUAAGUAAAAUGAUAACUCCUGUCCCCACUGCUACUUCUGCUACUAUCACCACCACAAAAAAACCUAAAGGUGUGACAUCUACCCAAACUCCAACUUCCAACUCCCCAGGUGAGGGUGAUGCUCACUCUCCGACAUGGAUUAUUAUUGGAGUUGUUCUCAUCUGCAGCUGCCUCAUUGGCAUUAUUAUAUUCUUCAUCCGAAAGAAACGCAGUCGGCGAAACCGUAUUGUCAAAGAUCCUGCAAAAGAUGGCGAGGAUGUAGCACUCUCGUAAGCGUCACUGUUCUGUUGGUCCAAAACUCCUGCAUGUGAAGAUGCUACCUUGUGGAGAGGACUAUCCCCGGACCCAUCUGUGAAUGGAAACGAUUCCACAGAAAAAUGAGGAAAUUUCACAGUUUCUUCAGAGUAGUCAGUCUGUAAUUCAGACUUUGCAAUUUAUUCUCGCUUGAUGCUUCAAGCGCCUGGUCAUUUGUAUUCACUUGCUACCUGUUUUACUUUUUUGGAACAUUACUGUACUCUACAUUGAUUUGGAAUGUUUGCACUACAACACAGCUCAAGCUGAAAUAUUUGAUCUAAUUACAAAAACAAAAACUUCACCUUUUCUGUAGCUGUAAAGAUAACAGGAGUUUUUUGUAAUUGUAGAAAAGACUCCUAGCUGUUUAAACAACUUAGUCUUACAGUUCAUUAUUUAUACAGAUCAGAAAUUAGUGCCUAGCAAAGUUACAUCUUAUGUGCCUGUAUGCAAAAAAAAAUAAAUGCUUUACUUUGUAUGUGUGUUUGAGUUGCUAUAAACAAUUUCCUGUUUAAAUCAUGUUCUUAUCAGUAUCAACCAUUGAACAGUUUUUGUCUUUUUAGUGUCUUUUUCUUUUUGUUUGUUUUGCUUUAUAUUAUUUCAUAGAUAAAAAUACCACUUUAUUUUUUUCUCAUCUGUAAAAUUCAGUUUUCCUUUUACAUUGCUAGUGAUGCUAAAACUUUUUUAGUACCAAAAACUGUUUUUUACUGUGGUUGUAUACAUUUGUAUUGAAGGUUGUCUCAGUUAUUUAAGUGGAUGAUGUCUAUAUGAUUUCAUAUUGUUUGGAGGCAGUUGUCUAAUUGUGUGUGUGUGUGUUUUUUUUUUAAAUUAAAAUAAAUGCUGAAAACAGAA